AUGAAUGUCUCUGAUCCGAUUACCAUGGCUCUAUCUAUUGUUCUCUGUGUGUUUCUGGCCAUUCUCUUAUAUGGAUGGAAAAGAAGGACCUCCAACUUUCCUCCUGGACCCACACCUUUACCGAUCAUUGGAAAUAUGCACAUCCUGAACAUGAAGACGCCCUAUAAAUCAUUUAUUGAGCUCUCUAAGAAGUAUGGUUCAGUGUACAGUAUCAAAAUAGGAGAAGAAAAAAUGGUGAUCCUCUGUGGUUAUGAGACAGUAAGAGAUGCUUUGGUAAAUCAUGCUGAUGAGUUUUCCGGAAGACCAAUGAUUCCGCUCUUCGAUGACAUCGUUAAAGGACACGGAGUAAUUUUUUCCAGAAAUGAAAACUGGAAAGUGAUGAGAAGAUUUACGCUUUCAACAUUAAGAGAUUUUGGAAUGGGGAGGAAGACAAUUGAAGACAGGAUUGUGGAAGAAUGUGACUGUUUUAGUGAAAAAGAUCAAAUCAUUCAAAGGGAGCCUUUUAAUAACAAAAUGAUCAUAAAUGCUGCAGUAGCCAACAUAAUAGUUUCCAUAUUGCUGAGCCAUCGGUUUGAUUAUGAAGAUCCAAAACUUUUGAGGCUUUUGAAAAUAGUUAAUGAGAAUACCCACCUCAUUGGCAGCCCAUCAGCAAUGUUGUAUAAUGCUUUUCCCUCACUGAUCCGCUGGUUGCCUGGAACGCACAGAACAGUUGUAAAAAAUGUGGAUGAAAUGCAUGCAUUUAUUAAGGAAAUCUUUACCACCCAAAGAAAAGAACUGGAUGUCAAUGACCAGAGGAAUCUUGUUGAUGCAUUUCUAGUGAAACAGCAAGAGGAGAAGCCCAGUCAUGAAUUAUUUUUCACCAAUGAAAACCUGACAGCGCUUGUAACUGAUCUCUUUUCUGCUGGGAUGGAGACAACCUCGACCACACUUCGCUGGGGAAUUCUGCUGAUGAUAACGUAUCCAGACAUCCAAAGGAAAGUUCAACAUGAGAUUGAAAAAGUGAUUGGAUCAUCUGUGCCCCAUGCUGGUCACCGUAAGAACAUGCCAUACACAGAUGCUGUUAUUCAUGAAAUUCAAAGAUUUGGAAAUAUUGUUCCAACUAACCUCCCACAUGCUACUACUCAAGAUGUCAACUUUAGGGGUUACUUUCUUCCAAAAGGGACACAUGUAAUUCCAUUUCUGACAUCUGUGCUGUGCGAUGAGGCCCACUUUAAAAGGCCAAAAGAGUUUUAUCCUGAACAUUUUCUGGAUACUAGUGGAAAUUUUUUGAAGAAGGAAGCCUUCAUCCCAUUUUCAGCUGGAAAAAGAAGCUGUGCUGGUGAGACAUUGGCCAAAAUGGAAAUGUUUCUGUUCUUUGUGAGGCUUCUACAGAACUUCACUUUCCAUGCUCCUCCCGGAACUAAGUUGGACUUGGAAGCAGCAGUUGGGUUCACACGGAGCCCUAUGAGUCAUAAAAUUUGUGCUGUGUUCCGUGGGUAA